AAGCGCACAUAAUAGGGCUGCUGGAACUACAUAUCUCAGGAAGCACCGCGACAAAGUGACGCCGACUGAAGCCAAAAAGACCUAUCCGUGCGCAGACCAGGAAGAUUGUCAGCGAUGGAGUUCGGGGAAAAAACAACAGUGCGAUCUUCAAGUGGGGGAGGUGAAGGCUCUCUGGACAGGCUUCUCCCAUCUGUCAACACAGCACUUUCACCACGCAAACGUACCACCAGUCAGUGCAAAUCAGAACCCCCGUUGCUUCGCACAAGCAAACGAACGAUCUACACAGCUGGUCGUCCACCCUGGUACAAUGAACAUGGCACACAGUCCAAAGAAGCAUUUGUUAUUGGUCUUUGCGGAGGAAGUGCUUCUGGUAAAACAACAGUAGCCCGGAAGAUAAUUGAAGCUUUGGAUGUUCCAUGGGUUGUGCUCCUGGCAAUGGAUUCCUUUUACAAAGUCCUUUCAGAUGAAGAGCAGUUGCUGGCUGCAAGCAAUGACUAUAACUUUGACCACCCAGAUGCAUUUGACUUUGACCUGCUUGUCUACACACUCCAGAAACUUAAACGUGGCAAGAGUGUGAAGAUCCCAGUGUAUGACUUCACCACACAUGGCCGUCAGAAAGAGUGGAAAACUGUGUAUGGUGCCAGUGUUAUUAUAUUUGAAGGGAUCAUGUCCUUUGCAGAUAAGGAGUUGUUGAAGUUGUUGGACAUGAAAAUAUUUGUGGAUACCGAUUCUGACAUACGGCUAGUACGGAGGCUUAGGAGGGACAUCUCCGAGAGAGGCAGAGAAAUUGAAGGAGUUAUAAAACAGUACAACAAAUUUGUAAAGCCUGCCUUUGAACAAUAUAUAGAACCAACCAUGAGACUAGCAGAUAUUGUUGUGCCUCGAGGGGGUGGGAACAUGGUGGCUAUUGAUCUGAUUGUUCAGCAUGUCCACAGUCAGCUGGAAGAGAGGAAACUCCGCUGGGAUAUGGCGGCACUGGCUUCUGCCCAUCAAGCUCAGCCCCUACCUCAAACACUCUGUGUUUUAGAGAGCACACCGCAGGUCCGUGGUAUGCACACUAUAAUCAGGAAUAAAGAGACAAGCAGAGAUGAAUUCAUCUUCUACUCUAAAAGACUGAUGAGACUCCUCAUUGAGAGAGCACUCUCCUUUCUUCCAUCUCAGGUUCGUUUUGUUCAUACUCCACAAGGCCAGGAUUAUGAAGGAAGGACUUUUCAAGGGAAGAGGGUCACAGGGGUAUCCAUUCUCAGAGCGGGAGAAACCAUGGAACCUGCACUCAGAGCUGUCUGCAAGGAUGUCCGUAUUGGCAAGAUUCUAAUACAGACCAAUCAGGACACAGGAGAACCUGAGUUGCAUUACUUGCGUCUACCCAAAGAUAUAAGUGAGGACCAUGUGAUCCUCAUGGACUGUACUGUGUCCACUGGUGCUGCGGCCAUGAUGGCAGUACGAGUCCUACUGGACCAUGAUGUCCAGGAAGAUAAAAUUUUGUUAGUCUCUCUGCUGAUGGCUGAGAUGGGGGUCCACUCAGUAGCCUACGCCUUUCCUCAGGUCAAAAUUAUUACCACUGCUGUUGACAAAAAAGUCAAUGACCUUUUCCACAUUAUACCUGGCAUAGGGAACUUUGGGGAUCGGUACUUUGGCACUGAUGCACCGCCUGAUUGGAGUGAUGAAGACAUGGAUGAGCCCAGCUGUUAGCUAAACUGAGCCUGAGCCAUGUGGAUAGGACUGUAGUGUUUGCACUAGAGACCCUAUGGUCUGACUUAAAUUUUAUAUAUAUAUAUAUAUAUAUAUAUA